UUAUUUCUUUUUUUAAAUACACAAUCUGUAUAUACGGUUGAAAUUCGUUGUUAACGUUGAACAUUUAAUGCAAGAGGUUUUCGCGAGAAGUGUUGCGGGAAUUAGAUGUUGUAGCUACGAAGCCCUACACGGCUUUUCAUUAGCCUGGCUAGCUAGCCAGUGAGAUGAAAUAGCGAUAUUCGGCUACCUACGAUAGCUAGCUACAUGUGUUUAUUAGCUGGUGACUUAGCUAGUCUCGGCGUAAUUGCGUCGGCUACGUUUCGCGAGCCUCGAUAGUUUGUAAACUUUAUGGUUGGGGUUACUAGCUACGUGUCUAGGAGAACCGCGACCGACGCCCGGUACCCUUGAAAGGUCCGUCGAAAAAUACUAAGAAAGCGGGAAGUAUGUGAAUUUAAGCGCAUGACCGUAGCAUGCAGAACGACGGCGACGAUGUUCAUGGAGGGAAAAAAAAGUUGAGAGACUGAAGCUGGCCAGCCUUACAAGUCAGCAGCGCCGCUUUAUGCACGUUUUGACAAAGUACUUAAGGUCUCGCACAAACACCGCUGUAUACAUGUGUGUGGAAGGUGUUAAAAAUGCUUCUUUUCGUACUGUCUGUAUGCCUUUCCUUUGGUUACGUCGGGGGCACUACCCUGGAUUUCCAGGCAAAAAUUUAAAAAGACAUGUUCAGUUGGAUGGCGCCUGUUGGCCGUUUUCACGCUGAAAAUCUUGCCCGCCACUGAUGUAUAAACUUGGGAGUCGGGCUGGUGUUUUCUCAUAGUUACGGUAAGAACGCGCGCUUCCCGCUACAGACACCAGGUAGACGCCGCCGAGGUGGGAGUGUCCGCUCCCGCAGACUGUCCGCGCACUUUCGGCCCAAACUCCCCCGGAGUGCCGCCCUGACCUCGAGUGCUUCUUUACCGGCCUUUUAAGGCAUGAGCCAUGUGUGGGCGGAACAGAAAGUCGCCUUUUAAACUUAUCUAAUAACUCAGUUAAAAUGUAAUCCGGCAUUUCAGAUUGAUUUGGAAGGGUGUGUUCUGGGUGUUUCACAUCCCAAUGAACAUGUGCUCUCGGAAUAUGUUAUUCAUAAAGAGAAAGUAAUGUAAUUACUGAAGCCUAUGAAAUUCUUUUAGUCAUUAGCAAACAUGCAGCAGUACCGUAUUUCCAAAUGUCAAAAUAAACGACCUACUUUUAAAAUGGUUUUUCAGUAAUUGGUUGGCAUCUAAUUUCCUUGCACAUUGUCCAGUGACAAUAAAGAUAUCAAUUCAAUCAAUCGAUUAUUUCUUUAUCUUUGGAAAUGACUUAUUUUCCUGUUUGGCUUCCAGACAUUCUGGCACCAAAAUAACUUUGAGUAGACUUUAUUGUUGAUUGAUGUGAAUGAUGAUUAUGAUAUCAAUACCAUAACCUAAAAUACCAUUGAUAUUUGUGUUCUAUUCUUGUUUGUCUGGAUUUUGCCACUACAAUACGCUCAGUACUGGUAUCUUUCUGUUCAACUCAGAAUAAGUGCUGGUGUUUUAUGCAGAUGAUGGUGCUUAAUACUAAUGGGGGAUACACAUGAUUAACAUUGAAAAGCUUUAGUAAAAGCCAGACAGACAUCCGGUCGUGAAGUGAGACUUAAAGUUAUUCGGAUAAGCUCGUUACAUUUGUAUAUUUGUUAAUUUCAGACUAAGCUCCUUGCUGAAGCCGCACAGUAGAUUUCCCCCUGGUGUCUGAAAGCUGCACUUCACUGUUGUCUCCCCCUUUUCCAGAUUUUGAUGCCCGGUGGGCUCUGAAUGUGGUUGGGCACAGAGGCGUGCGGAAGCCAUGGCGGAAGAUGGUGUGCGGUCGGUGGCCUCCAGGAGAGACAGCUUUGGCGCAGACGAGGGCGACUCGGCACCCAGCAUGCUGCUCCAGAAGCUCAAGAGCAACAUCUCCAAAUCGAUACAGUGUAAAGUGGACUCGAUCCUGCAGGACGUACAGCGCUUUUCCGAUAACGACAAGCUCUACCUGUACCUGCAACUGCCGUCUGGCCCUGGAGCUGCGGAGAAAAGCAGCAGCAGCGAUUCCAGCUCCUUCAAUGUGGCUGACCAGCUGCACACUUGCAACUGGAUCCGCAGCCACCUGGAAGAGCACGCCGACACCUGUCUGCCCAAGCAGGACGUCUACGAGACAUACAAGAGAUACUGUGACAACCUACAUUACCGGCCACUCAGUGCAGCCAACUUCGGCAAGAUCAUCCGGGACAUCUUCCCCAACAUCAAGGCCCGGCGACUUGGUGGGAGGGGCCAGUCAAAAUACUGCUACAGCGGGAUCCGGCGGAAGACCGUGCUAAGCAUGCCCCUUCUGCCCAGCCUGGACCUCAAGAACGAUCCGUCGGAGCUUACAGAGUUGGUGCAGACCUACAAGCAGGAGGUGACGGAGGCGGCGUGCGAGCUCAUCUGCAACUGGGCCGAGAAGAUCCUGAAGCGUUCCUUCGACACGGUGGUGGAGAUCGCCCGCUUCCUGGUGCAGGAACACAUUGUCAACCCGCGCUGUAGCCAGGCUGAACUCGUCACCUCUGCUACCUUGGCAGGCGGCCCCGCAAAGCCUCACAAGGUGAUCAAGAAGACUCCAGCCCUCCCUAAAGGGGGCAGUGCAGAUGGAGAGGGGAGUGGCUCUGAAAACAAGAAGGACAGAGACGGGGGGGAGCAAGCCUCGCCUAGCAAGGCGGCGUCAGCCGAGAAGCAGGCCAAAGGGGCGGAUUCUGGGAAGCCCGGGGGUCGCGACCUGCAGGUGGAGGCGGCAAUGAAACGUUUCCCCUUGCUGUUGCCACGGCGCCCAGACAAGGCCCUGCUGCCGGUGCGCUCCUUACCUCCGGCGCCCAAAGACAUGAAGGUCACGCUGCCCAUUACGAUGCCCACCACGCUGCCCGUCAUGAUCCUGCCCUCGGGCAUGAGCCUGUCCUACCACGAGAGAGAGAGGCUACCUCCUGCCGUCACCGUCCCGGCUACACCAGCACCUGGGGCCAUCCAGCGAUCCCGGGCUGCCCCCAAGCGGACUGCCGAGCCGGUUUCCGCUGAUGGGGCUGCAGGGGCCCCACCCAAAAGGAAACGGGGCCGGCCCAGGAAGCCCCGGCCAGAGGAGACGGCACAACCGACCACGCUGACACCUGUGGCUGCCGUGCCUGUGAGCGGGGGCGUUAUCCAGAAGGCGCUCCCUGCCUCAGCAGUACCUUCUCAGCAGCCCCGGCCGGAGGUGAUGGAGCUGGUGAUCCAGGAGGAGUCUGCCCCCACGACAGUGCUGGACCUCGGCACGGAGGAUGUCGGAGGUGCCUCCCAUCGCCUGCUAACGCUGCAACACAAUGCCACCGGGGCAACCUCGCAGGCCAUGCCCUACCCUGUUCUGCUUCUGCCAGGGGCCAGCCACCCACUCAAGCCCGUAGUGAGCCCCGGCUGGGAGGGGGGUGGGGCUGCGGUGGAAGUCAUCCGGAGGGCCCCGGUAGCGAGGGAGAACCGGUCACAGGCUGAGGCCCCAGCUGUAGCCCUGGACACCCUGCUGGAGAAUAAGGAGGUCGAGAUCACCCUCACCCCUGUGGAUUCCCUCUCCGAACCCCUACUCACCUCUGAGGCCGAAUCGGACUGUCCCCAGCCCAGUGCCAGCGGGCAAGCGAACAUACUGGUGCUGAUUUUCUCGGCCAUGGCUGACACCGACAUAGCCUUCCCUCCGGCCCAGAUGGAGGAGCUUCAGCUGAGCCCAACGUCCUCCUCCACCUCAUCAUCCUCCUGUCCUUCCUCACCCUCCACCUCCUCAACAUCCUCCUCCUGCCCUGGCCACCAACAUAUCCGAUGGGCCAGUCCCAUCAGCAGUAGUAGUAGCUCUGGAAGCUUGAGAGGCAGCAGCCCCUACUUGGAUGUGAUCACGGAAGGACUGGCGGAUCCGGAGCUGCUGAUAGACCCCGAGGUGGCCAGGGUGGCCUGCCAGGAGGUCUUGCAGAAGGCCCAGCAGCUGCAGGGUGACAGCGAGCCAGUGAGCAGCUCCAGAGGGCAGGGAGUCAUCAAUGGGGGGUGCACAGCCGAACUGCCGGAGGUCAGGAGUGUCCAGAACCUUGAGAUCUGCACGGAGCAGGAGGAGGAGGAUGAGGAUGAGGAAGACAGGGGGGUGCUGUUCCGGAGGGAGCCAAAUGGCGCCGCCAAGCAGUCCUGGCUUCUGCGGCUGUUCGAGUCCAAGCUCUUCGAUGUCUCCAUGGCUAUCUCCUACCUGUACAACUCCAAGGAGCCCGGCGUGCAGGCCUAUAUCGGCAAUCGACUCUUCAGCUUCCGCCACGAAGAGGUGGACUUCUACCUGCCGCAGCUGCUCAACAUGUACGUGCACAUGGACGCGGAGGUGGGGGGAGCCAUCCGGCCCUACGUGCUACACCGUUGCCGGCAGGGCGUGGCCUUCUCGCUGCUCUGUACCUGGCUUCUGGGAGCCCUCUCCUCCGACAUGCACAUCUCGGCGCAGCGGCACUCGCGGGGCGCCCGCCUGCGCCGCCUCAUCCUGUCAGAUGCCCUCGGGCCCACUGAGCUGAGAGACUCGUCCGCCAAAGCCUGCUCCUCGCCGUCCCGCCGCAUGCAUCAGCGCUCCAAAUCGGAUGCGACGCUCGGCAGCCUGGAAAAGACGGGCAACGGCAAGGUGGAGGGCGGACUGGAAGAGCCUGCCCGCCUGACUCCCCAGCGAGAUUUCAUCAAGUCCCUGAUGGGAAUCGGCAAGCGGCUGGCCACGCUGCCCACCAAGGAGCAGAAGACCCAACGGCUGGUGUCCGAGCUGUCGAUGCUCAACCACAAGCUGCCGGCACGAGUCUGGCUGCCCACAGCGGCCUUUGACCACCACGUGCUCCGGGUGCCUCCCAACCAGGCCGUGGUGCUCAACUCCAAGGAUAAGGCGCCGUACCUGAUCUACGUGGAGGUGCUGGAGUGUGAGAACCUGGAGACGUCCUGUGUGCCAAAGCGCAUUCCGGAGACGCGUAUCCGCUGCACGCGCUCAGAGGAGAGCCUGUCUGACUGCGUGGUGGCAGGGGAGCAGCGAACCGGAAGCUUCUCCACCGUGCCCAACUAUGACAACGACGACGAGGCCUGGUCCGUCGACGACAUCGGGGAGCUGCAAGUGGAGCUUCCGGACACCCACACCAACAGCUGUGACAACAUCUCGCAGUUCUCCGUGGACAGUAUCACCAGUCAGGAGAGCAAAGAGCCGAUCUUCAUCGCCGCUGGGGAUAUCAGGAGGCGCCUGUCCGAACAGCUGGCCCACACACCCACCUCAUUUAGGAGAGACCCAGAGGAUCCCUCCGCCGUGGCCCUCAAAGAACCUUGGCAGGAGAAAGUCCGGCGAAUACGCGAGGGCUCCCCCUAUGGGCACCUCCCCAACUGGCGCUUGCUCUCAGUUAUCGUCAAGUGUGGGGAUGACCUUCGUCAGGAACUUCUGGCCUAUCAGGUGCUGAGCCAGCUACAGUCGAUCUGGGAGCAGGAGCGAGUCCCUCUGUGGAUCAAGCCCUACAAGAUCCUGGUGAUCUCCUCGGACAGCGGCAUGAUCGAGCCGGUGGUGAACGCCGUGUCCAUCCACCAGGUGAAGAAGCAGAGCCAGCUGUCGCUGCUGGAUUACUUCCUGCAGGAGCACGGCAGCUACACCACCGAGGCCUUCCUCAGCGCGCAGCGCAACUUCGUGCAGAGCUGUGCCGGCUACUGCCUCAUCUGCUACCUGCUGCAGGUCAAGGACAGACACAACGGGAACAUCCUCCUGGACGCCGAGGGCCACAUCAUCCACAUCGACUUUGGCUUCAUCCUGUCCAGUUCCCCUCGCAAUCUGGGCUUUGAGACGUCUGCUUUCAAACUCACCAGCGAAUUCGUGGAUGUUAUGGGAGGCUUGGAUGGCGACAUGUUUAAUUACUACAAGAUGCUGAUGCUGCAGGGCCUGGUCGCCGCACGCAAGCACAUGGAGAAGGUGGUCCAGAUUGUGGAGAUUAUGCAGCAAGGCUCUCAGCUGCCCUGCUUCCAUGGCUCCAGCACCAUCCGGAACCUGAAGGAGCGCUUCCACAUGAACCUGACGGAGGAGCAGCUGCAGGUGCUGGUCGAGCAGAUGGUGGACGGCUCCAUGCGCUCGCUCACCACCAAGCUGUACGACGGCUUCCAGUAUCUCACCAACGGCAUCAUGUGAAUAGGCGCGCCACACGUGCGCCUUUAUGGGCGGGGCACAGACUCCUAGUAGACUCCACUUGAGCUUGUGAAAUGCCCUCUGCCUCGAGUGUGAUCCAGGGGAGGAUGUUGGUUUACCGCUUCUGCAGUUGCCCUGCUCCCUGUGCGUCCUCAACAGCGUCUUUUUGCACAUCUGCCUUUGGAACUGGCCUGGAUACAUGAGCCUCCAGUCUCCUGAUUUACUUGUACUUGGAAAGCCACAGUUUCUGUCCUGACCCAUCAUGUCUUUGAAGAGGAGAAACACUGUGGUGAUGCAGGUCGAAUAUAUUUUACCAAUCCACUCUUCCUUGUCUUUAGCAAGCUCCAGAGUCUCUUUUUUUCCAUUUUACAGUCGCCCCUCACUUGCUUUCUUAACCUGAAAGAAAGCUUCCUGGUUCCAUGGUUUGGGGGUGUGAUUGGGGGUUUUCACAAAGGUGACGACACCCCUUUCCUGGAUAAGGGACUCCAGCAAAUACACAAGGAACCAAAAAGAGUAGCAGUAGUAGGUGAAGAUUUCAGGCCCAGAGAGUACAAAUCCAGACCAAGAUUUUGUUUCAACGAACCACUUGAGUAUUCUGUGAGGGUGACUCGUUAUACUCAGCUGGUUGGUUGAAACAUCUUGGUCUGGAUUUGUACUCUCUGGGCCUGAAAUCUCCACCUCUGGUGUCAUGGGAUUUUUUUUCUAAAAUAUAACAGAAUUGAAGCAACUGUUAUGGCAUUCAGAAAAUACAAUACACGAUGAAGCAGAAACGUGAAUGUAGGUUUUUUUUAGAUUAUUUGCCUGUCAAAAGCCCAAACUCUAGUCCAGUGCUUUCCAACUCUGUCUUCGUGCCAGACAGUCCACAUCUGUGCUCUCUCCCAGGCAGGGAGCAAAAAUGUGGACUGUCUGCGGUCCUUAUGGACCAGAUCAGGAAACACUGCUGUAGUCCAUGUUUAAGUUAAGCCCAUUUCCAGAGAACCAAACAUGCAGUCCCAUACAAUAAUUGGUGAUUUUGUGUACGCUUACAUUUGUUGUAUUUGUGUGCCUUAGCUAAAAUUCCUGCUUCAAUAGUUCAUACGUUAUGAAUCUCCAUCUUUUUGUAGACACUUACUUCGGGAGAGACUACCCACUAAUCCUGAAGCACAGCACAUUUUCUGCUGCUGCCAGGCCAGUUCCACCCUCGCCAUGGCUUUUGAUGCCCAGUGAUUUCACUCACCUCUCUGACUAUUGCAGAACAGUGGGUCAUUUUUAUCGCCAUUCUAUUAUGGCCUGAGCUGUUAAAACUGAUGCCCUAAAACCACUUUAUAUAACGUUCAAUAGAUGAGUAAAUGUGAUUCAUUGUCAAGAAUCUUGAAACUUGAAACCUGACUUUAGUUUCCUCAUGGAGCCCUGUACCGGAACACACCCUUUUUCUGUUCCUGUGCCCUGUGACACUCAGUGGCAGCCGUUCGGUUUUUAGAGAAACACUGCCUGGGAGCAGUGACUGCUUUUAAAGCUACUGAAGAGAUUCAGGAAUCAUUUCAGCCGGAGACGCUGGCCAGGAGAUGAGCGGGACGAGAAGGAACAGAUGAGAAGGGACUAAAGUGCACGGUGGUCUGUUGUUUUGUCUCCAUGGUGACUGAGAGCUUGUCUUUGUCUUUGAUGUACCUUCAGUGACCCAUCUGUCCACUCUGUCCCUCUGAAAUCUGAAUAUCUAAAUAUAUGUGUAAAUAUGUGUAUAUAAAGUAAUUUUUGAGUAUGAAAUGGGAUAUUGAAAGUGGAUCAUGUGAUGCUGAAACCACUAAAAUGAGAGGUUUUUUAAGUAACACUAGUACUUGAAUGGCACAACCAAUGUAGCUGUAGUUUUCAAGGAAAGCUAAACCUGGCACGCUACCCCUAGUGGAAAUUCCAUUUGAAACGAAUAGACCAUUUCACCUGGUCUGAAAUCACAAUAAACCAAACUACGUUGGAUAAGUAAACUUACUGGUGACUUUGCUGGUACUGUGCAGUAAACCGUGUUGGCUGUCCAGAAGCAAGUUGGGAUCCAGUUGAAAUCCCUCCUGCGCUUUUCCACCAGGAUGCCCAAGGUCUGUCCACCUUGUCGCAUUUAGAUGAAGUGCUGUCACUACACACUCCUGGGGUGUCCGUUCUGUUGUAUGGAUUUUGUGGUGUUUCUAUAGCAUUACGUAACAAUCAUGCUCACGUUCCACUUUGUGGCUAGAUGUGAGCCUGCAUCGCAUUCCCAAAUGCUCCCUUGUUUUCCGACAAAGGGUGGAAACAUGCCUGUUUUAAGAUAGAUGGAAGAAUAAAGAUAGGUUAUAUGACAUCAUUUAAGGUAGGACUAGAGCUAUGGAAUUACAUGUCUGGUGGGUGUCUGAGUUUUGAAGAGUCUAACAAGGAAGAAGGACAGUGUUAUGCAUUUAUUUAGCAUUAAAUAUUUAUUACAUUUUACAGUGGCUUUAAAUGCCUUUUAUUUGCUGGUGGCAGUGUGUAUGUUACAAUAUCUUCCUCUGUCAGGCAGAGUGAUAGUCGAGGUGCCUUGCCAAUCAAACUCUUUAAUUCUACAAUGUUCUGUCUACAUCAAGGAAAGCUGUACCUUGUUUAACACACUAAGGGCAGGGGGUCUGCUACAAGUGCAGCUUCGACAUGUGGGGGGUCUUCAGUGUGAAAUGCGUCACACCAGGGGUGCCCAAACUGACCUGGACAUCACCAAAAUCAGUUUCCUUAUGGUAUCGCUAGGCAUUAAUCAUGUCUGAACAUUUUACUUGACGAGAUUUAAAGGAGAUAUGUCAAAUUACCUGUAUUUGGGCUCUCCUGGAUCCUUGUUUGUAAAUUGAUGGACAAUAUGCAUGUUUCCCUGUAUUUAUCAAACUUUUUACUGUCAGAAAAAAACAACUAUUUUUUCAUCUUUCUUUUUAAAUUUCUUUUUCACUGCUUUCGAACUCUAACCAAUGUAUAGGACCAGCUCUUAUGAUCAUGUGAAUGACCUCUUGUGAAUGUUUCUUUUUAUAUAAAUAAAUUAAGCUUGUCAUGAACUCUAUCUCCUAUGUACAGCAUCAUCAGUA